GCUGAAGCUCCAGUCUUGGCAGUCAGGAUGACGUGGCUGAAGGCUGCGGACGGUGCGCCGAGAGGGUUUUUUUUAAUUCACCGGUUGAUACAUCGCUUUCUACGCUGACUGGAGGCGUUACAACACGUGAAUCAGUUUAGCCAAUCCAAGGUACGUGCGAUGAACGCCCGCGAAGCGCUUACGCCAUAUGCGCACGAAAGCGUCUCUAAAAAUUGCCUCUGUCAUACAACCAGGAAGAAAGUGGGAUAGCCCUUUUAAGCUAACGUCCCUAAUCUUUCUGCACACUUUCUCCGAAAAUAAUGGGAUCUUCCAGGUGGAAGGUGGCAGCGGCAGCGUUCCUCGCUAUAGUGGGUUCUUUAUUACCUGUCGACGCAGACGAACAUGAACACACGUACACAGAUAAGGAGGAGGUAGUUUUAUGGAUGAACACAGUGGGGCCUUAUCACAAUCGACAGGAGACAUACAAGUACUUCUCUUUGCCCUUCUGUGUGGGCUCCAAGAGAACUAUCAGUCAUUAUCAUGAAACACUGGGAGAAGCGCUACAGGGAGUGGAGCUGGAAUUCAGCGGCCUAGACAUAAAGUUCAAAGAGGAUGUAAUGCAGACAACAUAUUGUGAAAUUGACCUGGACAAAGCCAAACGGGACGCCUUUGUCUAUGCCAUAAAGAAUCACUACUGGUACCAAAUGUACAUAGACGACCUGCCCAUCUGGGGUAUUGUUGGUGAGGUGGAUGAAAAUGGAGAAGAUCAUUACCUGUGGACAUACAAGAAACUGGAGAUCGGCUUCAACGGCAACAGAAUUGUUGAUGUAAAUCUGACCAGCGAAGGGAAAGUCAGACUCGUGCCAAACACAAAAACUGCAAUGUCUUAUUCUGUGAAGUGGAAGAAGUCAGAUGUCAAGUUUGAGGACAGAUUUGACAAGUACCUUGAUCCAUCCUUCUUUCAGCACAGGAUUCACUGGUUCUCCAUCUUCAACUCCUUCAUGAUGGUUAUAUUUUUGGUGGGUCUGGUGUCAAUGAUUCUGAUGAGAACACUAAGAAAGGAUUAUGCCAGAUACAGCAAAGAGGAGGAAAUGGAUGACAUGGACAGAGAUCUGGGAGAUGAAUACGGGUGGAAACAGGUACACGGAGAUGUGUUUCGGCCGUCGAGCCAUCCACUGAUCUUCUCCUCAUUAAUUGGCUCCGGCUGCCAGAUCUUCUCUGUCUCCCUGAUUGUCAUCAUCGUUGCUAUGGUUGAGGAUCUGUACACAGAGAGAGGAUCCAUGCUGAGCACAGCCAUUUUCGUGUAUGCUGCAACCUCCCCUGUCAAUGGCUACUUUGGGGGAAGCUUGUAUGCAAAACAAGGAGGCAGAAGAUGGAUUAAACAGAUGUUCAUUGGGGCCUUCAUGAUACCAGCCAUGGUGUGUGGGACUGCCUUCUUCAUCAACUUCAUUGCUAUCUACUACCACGCCUCAAGAGCUAUCCCGUUUGGCACCAUGGUUGCUGUCUGCUGUAUCUGCUUCUUUGUCAUUCUGCCACUAAACCUUGUGGGAACGAUUCUGGGCAGGAAUCUGUCUGGCCAGCCAAACUUCCCCUGUCGGGUAAACGCUGUGCCGCGACCGAUCCCUGAGAAGAAAUGGUUCAUGGAGCCAGCGGUCAUCGUCUGCCUUGGAGGAAUCCUUCCGUUUGGCUCCAUUUUCAUUGAAAUGUACUUCAUCUUCACGUCUUUCUGGGCCUACAAAAUCUACUACGUUUAUGGCUUCAUGAUGCUGGUACUGGUUAUCCUGUGCAUCGUGACUGUGUGUGUCACCAUCGUGUGUACGUACUUCCUGCUCAACGCUGAGGACUAUAGAUGGCAGUGGACCAGCUUCCUCUCUGCUGCAUCCACCGCUGUUUAUGUCUACAUGUACUCCUUUUACUACUAUUUCUUUAAAACUAAGAUGUAUGGGCUGUUCCAGACGUCCUUCUACUUUGGCUACAUGGCUGUGUUUAGCACCGCACUAGGAAUCAUGUGUGGGGCUGUUGGAUACAUGGGAACAAGUGCCUUUGUGAGGAAGAUCUACACAAAUGUGAAAAUUGACUAAGGAGUGAAGCAGCAUCACAGGGAUAUUCAUGGAUUUGUCUAGGUGUAUCCUGAAAGAUGGUGGGCACAAGUCAUUCUUGGUUACUUUUCUUUCUUGCAAAGAGAUUGUGAGAAUCUCACUUUGUACAAUGUAGUUUUUUUUUCUCCCAUUUUCUGAAUGAGUUUCAAGGCUGCAGCUCAAAGCAAACAAGAGCAAAUGUGUGGCAGAGAUAUCAAACACAAGGUUCUUUUUAUCAGUUGCUUUCAAAUAAACAUUGAGGCAAAUGUUUAAGGCUGACAUGGCUUCCGUUCUCCAACCUAGUCCCACCUGAGAACAGAGAAGGAACGUUUAUUGGUGGAACAGUGUCGCUCUCUUCAGUGAAGAGGCUGAGAUGUAUUGAAAGCCUUUGUUCUGUUGUGCUGAAAUUUUGGAGAGUUGGGAUUGUGCCUGUGUUCUGGAUUGGUUUCUAUUUUGUAUUCUUGGAGUCAAUUGAAAUAUCAUUACUAGACAGUACAGUAGAUUGUUCAGAUUUACUUCCACUGCAGAAAGAUGACAAAGGCUGUUGUCACUUGAGAAUCAUUCCCCCAUCUGACAAUUAUUAAUUCACUGUUACAGUAGCAAUCCAUCUGGCGGACGAGGUUUUAGUUCUGCUUUGUUUACUGAUGAGAACAGAGGGACUGAUCAGCAGCUGACAUGCUGGUUUUUAAAUGGAUGUUUGAUGUGAUCCCAUUUCCUGUUUAGUCUUUGCUUAAUAUUUGGGUUUGAAUGAAGUCUACUUGUAAAGAUAAUAUAUGGAUGGGGGAGUGUGUAUAUAACCCUAAUAAUGUAGAUUAGGGCUGCACGAUAAAUCAUUGUCAGCGAGAUUUAGAUCCCUGUGAAAUGUCAGCCUCACGUGCCAAUGAUUUUUGCCAUGCUUGCAUUAGCAGUGAGAUCCCUUGCAUCAAACCAAGUGCUCCCUUUUUCCGUGCUAAGCUACGUUAACCAGUAGCAGGAA